AUGAAGGGUCUUUACCUGGUGGAGCCCGUGGUGGCCUUGUACGCCUUUUCGUCGUACUUGACGUAUCCGUUGGUGCAGCAGUACGUGUACCGGCGUCUGUGGCAGCAGCUGACCAACAGCACUUACCCCAUCUCAGACAUGUCCACAUGUGCCGCCGCUAACUCCAGUGAUCCCCAGAACCACACCUACUACUUCCAGAAAGUGCAGGAGCAGGCCUCGCUGUUCUCGCUGUACACUCAGAUUCUUUCAGUGGCGCCCUCUUUGCUGGUCACCCUCCUGCUGGUGGCGUAUAGCGACCGCGCUGGGCGUAAGGUGGCCAUUGUCCUGCCGCUGGUUGGCACGCUGCUGUACACACUGUCCCUUCUGCUGGUGUCCUACCUGCAGCUCAACAUCUACCUGCUGGUGGGUGCCUCACUCUUGUUCUCCCUUUUCGGGGGCCUGGGCACCUUCCUAGGAGGGUGCUUCGCGUAUGUUGCCGACCUUAGCGGCGGCAGUGGGCGGAAGAUGACACUACGCAUCGCCGGGUUGGAUAUGAUGAUCGGGCUGCUGUCGGGCGUGGCUGCACUGUCCACAGGCUACUUUCUGAGGGCAACGGGUUUCAAUGGGCCCUUCCUGACCUCGGCCGCCUGCCAGGUCCUGGUGUUGCUCUACGCAAUCUUCUUCCUGGAGGAGACGGUGACACGACCAGCUGAUGCUGAGCCGGACCGGUGCUUGGCAGUGCGGAAGAUGUUCUCCGCCAUCUACGGGAUGUUCGCCCAUGCUGGUGCCGAGCGGCGUAUGCUACUGGCGCUCCUGUUGUUGAUCUUCACCAGCUUGUCCUUCACCUAUGUGGGAAGCUUCUCCUUGUUGACUCUAUACGAGCUAAAUGAGCCGCUGUGCUGGACCGAGAUUCUCAUCGGCUAUGGCGCCGCGCUCUCCAGCAGUAUCUUCCUGUUCAGCUUUUUGGGCGUAGCUGCAUUGACUUACUGUGGCGCCCCUCAGCUGCUCACCGUGCUAGUGGGCAUCCUCUCCUUGGCCACCGGUAUGAUCAUAGUGGCCUUUUCCAAAACCACGCUGAUGAUGUUUCUAGCGAGAGUUCCAAUGUUCCUGUCCAUCAUGCCGUUUGCUGUGCUGCGAUCAAUGAUGUCAAAAAUCAUCUCCAAGUCAGAACAGGGUGCCCUGUUCGCCUUGCUUUCCUUCACGGAUGUCCUGACGGCUAACGUGUCGGUGGCCGUAUUCAAUACCUUGUACGCCACCACGGUGUCCUGGUACCCCGGUUUAGCCUUUCUGCUGGGUGCCGGGCUCUGCGCAAUACCGACCAUAUUUUUGGGAGUGGUGUACGCGAUGGGAGCGGACUUGGCCAAUGAUGACACGGAGAUAGCAAACGAGGAGGAAGGGGAACGUGGUGAAACGGACAAAGACACACCUGAAAACAGCGACGACCGCGAACCGCUGCUAAGCUGA